UUAUAGCUUGUUUUAAUGAAUAAUUAGUUUUACAGUAAGCAAACCUGUUUCAAAAUGACAUAUACGGAAUUAAAAAAUUAAAAAAAAUCUUUUGCCACAUUUUCCCUUUUUCCCGAUGUGGGGCGCUGCAUAUCCGUUACCGUAAAUUGAGUCACUCAUGAUUAGUCAACGCCAUAUUGUGUCUUAUGUUUAUUAAUCGCGUAUUUUUGCUCGCAAUUAAAAGUGAUGUUUGAAGAUUUAACCUAAUUAAGAGCUGAUAUCAACUAUAUAUUACAAAUCAUUUUGAAAUAAAAUUAUGUUUCAAGAAAAAUCUUAAUCUAUCAUGUUUAUCGGUUUCUUACACAGACUUAUUACUGUAUGCGUCAUCUGUUUACGGUAUAUAUUGUGCGGAGAUGCUCCUGUAAUAUCACCUUUUAUGUUCCCUCCUAUUCUAAAGGAGGGAGAGAGAGGAAGUACAAUAUGCACUAUACGUUCUGGAACUAUGCCUGUGGAAUUCCAUUGGAUAAAAGACGGUCAAAAGUUGAACGACGAUGUAAAUUUGGAGAUUCAGUUUCUAAAAGAUUCUUCCUUUUUGAGAAUCAAUUCCGUGACGUCGAAAAAUUCUGGAAAUUACACUUGUCAAGUAACGAAUGCAUUCGGAAGAGAUCAUUUCACAGCAAGUCUUACUGUGACAGCACCGCCUACGUGGAUACAUCAACCUACUGACCAAUACGUUAAAGAAAAUGAACAACUGACCAUUGAUUGCAAAGCCUCGGGUGUUCCUUCUCCUGUAAUAAAAUGGACUUCAGGUGAUAAGGAUCAGCCUAUUCCAAACGAAGUGUCUUCCAAUGUUAGAGUAACAGACAGCGGCUCCUUAUCAAUUAAUAAAGUGGAUGUCAACGUUGAAGGAUCAUACAUCUGUAGAGCAAGUAAUGAUUUUGGAGAACCUCUUAUUCAGAAAAUAUCUAUAUUCGUCCACAGUAAGCCAACUGGAGUUAGAAAGAGAGAUGGGAGGAUUGCCUCCAAAGGAACUUUACCACAAUCAAGGUCAGAGGCUGGAAAGCCGUGGCACGCAGAAGAAAGUACUGGUGCAGUCUUCUUGAGAAAGCCAGGGUCCACCCAGGACAGUCGAGCUACUGAUGAUGAAAGGUGUUCAAUAAGGUAUUUUUUAAUCGCUGGAAUUGUUUUCACCUGCGCUGGAUAUGCUCAUUGUGGAGAUCCUCCCAUUCUAAAUCCUUUUACUUUUCCAUCUGCAUUGAGGGAAGGAGAACGUGCAAUUGUGACUUGUGUAAUUCGCUCUGGAGACAGGCCUCUAACUUUUCAAUGGUUGAAAAACAAUGAAUUAUUGAAAGAAGCUCCAGAGAUUGAAAUUAGAUCGGAUAAAGAUGUGUCAAUUCUUCUUAUCGAAUCUGUUGUUUCUCAGAGUUCUGGAAAUUAUACAUGUAUUGCCAAAAAUUCUUUUGGCAGUGAUAGAUACACGUCUACUCUGGAAGUUUCUUCUCCCCCGGAAUGGUUAAAGGAGCCAAUAGACGCAGUAGGAAAAGAAGGAGAAAGAUUAGUGUUAGAGUGUCAAGCAGCAGGAGUUCCACAGCCUACAAUCACUUGGAUAUCAGAUGGUAAGAAUUCUCAUGUAUCGAAUGAUGCCGGAUCUGCGAUUCGAGUUCUGCCAACAGGUUCUCUAAUCAUAAGCAAUCUAGACUCUUCAAUGCAAGGACAGUACACAUGUGUAGCAGACAACGGGUUAGGAGAUUCUUUGAAAAAACAAAUCUCCAUAUCUGUAAGGGAUCCUCCUAUUAUUGCGCCAUUUAUGUUUUCACCUGUUUUGAAAGAAGGGGAAACAGCCAAUACAUUUUGCUCUAUUCGUUCGGGUGAUAAACCACUCGAAUUCAAGUGGAUAAAAGAUGGUCAACCACUGCCUGUAUCGCCCACCGUUAAUGUACAGUCUUUUGAAGAUUCUUCUGUUUUGUUCAUCAAAUCUGUCGAUUCUGGAAGUUCGGGAAAUUACACUUGCAUUGUAACAAAUUCUUUUGGUAAAGAUCAGUAUACCGCAUCUCUUGUUGUUACAGCUCCUCCUGUAUGGUUAAAAGAACCUACAGAAACUGUAGUGAAAGAAGGAGAAAGCGUUUCCAUAGAGUGUCAAGCAACAGGUGUUCCAUCUCCAAACAUUCGAUGGAAAACUGAAGUUAAAGGUGUCACUAUAACAUCAGAUUCUUCAAGUACAAUUCACGUGACUUCGAUUGGAACAUUAAUCAUUUCGAAAGUAAUUUAUUCUAUGGAAGGAUCUUACACUUGUGAAGCUGAAAAUGGUUUCGGACCACCGCUCACUAAAACUAUUUCUCUCACUGUGCGUGGUAUGUAUGUAAUUCCAGGAAAAUCCUGUUUUUUGCUUCCUGUAUCGUCCAUUGAAGUAUUUAUGAGAACAGUUAUUAAAUGUUUCAAACCUUUUUCUGGUGUUUCAGAUGCUCCUAUCUUGAUACCGUUUACAUUUCCGUCAGCAUUGAGAGAAGGUGAAAGUGCAACUGUGGUUUGUGCAAUACGCACAGGUGACAGGCCCCUUGUAUUUCAGUGGUUACAAAACAGCGAUCUGUUAAAAGAAACUUCAGGUAUCGAAAUCCAAUCUGCUAAAGACGUUUCACUAUUAUCUAUUGAAUCUGUAGUACGACAAAUGUCUGGAAAUUAUACGUGUAUAGUGAAGAAUGCCUAUGGAACUGACAAACAUACUGCAAACUUGGCUGUUUCUUCUCCUCCUGAAUGGUCAAAAGAGCCAUCAAAUGCAAUUGGAAAGCAAGGUGAAAACUUAAUCCUGGAAUGCGAAGCCGCAGGUGUCCCUCAACCAACAAUAACAUGGAUAUCUGAUAAAAGUAAUGUUCCCAUAUCGAAUGAUGCUGGAUCAUCUAUUCGUAUUUCAUCAGCAGGAUCUCUUACAUUGAGCAAUCUAGACUCUUCAAUGCAAGGACAUUACACAUGUGUUGCAGAUAAUGGAUUUAGUGAUUCUUUGAAAAAGCAAGUUUCUGUAACAGUGCGUGGUAAGUUGUGGAGAAAAUUUUUAAGACCCAAUGCCUAUUAAAUAUUGAUUAAGUAAUAUAAAAAAGAAUGCAUUGUCCUGCAAUCACAACCUAACGCUAUCGAAAUAUAAUGAAUCAUUAUUUGAAAUGGAUCACAUUAAUAGAGAGAUUAAAAUUACCUAACACUUGUUAAUUUAUUAAAGUUUACGACUGCUCUUGACUUAGGAGAAUGCGUUUCAUUUUCUUGGUUUUUGAUUAUUUUAAUCUCUCUAGAUUUGAUGAACUUCGAUCACAAAAACUUGUAACUUGUUUUUCCUUUGAUUUACUUUUUCACAAAGAUUCAAAAAUUAUGCUUAAUAAGAGUAGUGAUUGCUAAACGCUAUAAGUGUGAAUGCAAAUUUAAUAAAUAAUAGUUCUAGUUUUCAUAAACAGUAUUCUACUUUAUUUCGCUUGUAAGUCAGCUCAAAUCUGUUGCAGCAUCUGCAUAUAAUAGUGCUUUCCAUAUCAUGCUCCCACCUUAUUAAACUUGUUAGUUAUUGUCUUUAUUAUAUUUCAAAACUCAUAAAAAAUCUGCACUACUUUAACUCAUAAUGUGAGGCUAUCCAUCUGUUAUUAUUGAAUAUAUCUCGUUAUAAUUGUACCCACUUUUCAGAAAUACAAUGUUAAUUAUUUACGAACAACUUCAGCAAUUCCAAUUCAUUGUAUGAAGCAUGUUAUUUGUUAAGGCGAUUUUUCUGACUGUAAAAUGAUUAUGUAUAAUGUACUCUUGUAUGCAUUAAUAUAUUUAUCUAUUCUUAUUAAGGUUUUGUAACUUAAGUAAGAAUUGACACUUAACUUAUAUACUAACUUACUUAUAUUCAACUUACAUUUUACCUUAGCUUGUUAUUCACAUAAAGCAGUUAACAUAAUUAAUUCAAUUGAGUUUUGACUUAUAAAAACACAUUUAUUUUUAUUGUAUUUUCAUAGAUUAUAUCAGUUGUAAUUUAAUUCAAUAAUUACAUUGUUGUCUAUAGAAUUGCUUUCGAAGUAAAAAUACAUUGCGAUAUGAAUAACGAAGAGAUGUUGUAUAUAAUAAAAUUGAAUUGAACUGUUGUAUUUCUAUUUUGCUGGUGGCAAUUUUGUGAUAAACCUUAAAACAGUUUGCUCCGUCAUUACCAUCCAUAAUUUGUUUUUUCAGAAUCUUUGACAGAAAUCAUGUUAAACAUCACGACAGUUGCCUAACUUAAGCAUACAUGGAACAAAAACGCUAUCAAAAUUUGUCCUAGGGAGAAAGAAAGAAUAAAAAACACAAAACCAGUUAUAUUGGCUGAUGGAACUUGUUAAAGUUACGAAUAACUAUUUUUCAACAUUUAUUAUUUCUUCUGGCAAUAAAACAGUUUUGGAAGUUUUCAGUUACGCUUUCCACAAAAGUUGAUAGCGACUCUCGUUCAGUUUUCUCUCAAUAUUAUCUCUUGUCCCCUAAUAUGUAAUUUCGGCAAAGUUAAAAUAUAUAUUAAGAGCUGUCAUUAUUAUGGAAAGUCAUAAAUUUGUUCUAUAGAAUUUACCUGACAAUGUUUUUAAGUCUAUAUCUCCCUUAAGUGUAGUGUUUGUACUCAGUUUAUAGAAUGUAUUCCGACAUG